CCCAGUGCUUGAAGCAUGCGCAGUGACAGAGAUGACAAUGGGCAGAGACGCUGUUUUUUUUCUCAUCGGCAAGCGGUACUGGAAGAAGAUUGCAGACUGGAUAUUCAAUCCAAGCGUCACACCUACACCUGUGAGAAUCACUCGAUUUAUUCAUUCUGAAUGUUAUCAGCCUCUGACUAUAGAAGAAAUGGUUUCUGUUCUCUUCAAAGGAGAAGAUAUCAAAUGUCAAUCUGACUAGAAAAGCAACAAAACUGAUAAACAGACCUGAGUGAGAGUGUUCUGUUAAACAUCCUGAAAAAAAGUCACAUAUUUGCGGCAGAGAGAAACUGUACAUGUGUGGGUGAGGUUUCAACUGAUCAUCCAAACUGGAGAGAAAAAAGGACGUUGUGCAAUGGAGAAACCAUGGAAAUGUGGUGACUGUGGGAAGGGAUUCAAUUACCCAUCUCAACUGGAAGUUCAUCGCCGCAGUCACACUGGGGAGAGGCCAUUCACCUGCUCUGUUUGUGGGAAGGGUUUCACCCAUUCAUACAACCUGCUGACACACCAACGAGUUCACACUGAGGAGAGGCCAUUCGCCUGUCCUGUGUGUGGGAAGGGAUUUGCUCGAUCAUCCCACAUUGUGACUCACCAACUUGUCCACACUGAUAAGAGACCAUUUCAAUGCCCAAACUGUGAGAAGAGUUUUAAAUGCAGAAAGGAUCUGAUGAUACAUCAACGUAUCCACACUGGGGAGAGGCCAUUCACCUGCUCAGUCUGUGGGAUGGCAUUCACUCAGUCAUCCCACCUUCAGACGCAUCAACUGGCUCAUUCUGAUAACAAACUUUUUAACUGUUCUAACUGCGAGAAGAGCUUUAAAAGCAAAAAGGACCUGCUGACACACCAGUAUACUCAUACAGGAGAGAGGCCAUUCACCUGCUCUGUGUGUGGGAAGGGAUUCACUCGUCCAUCUGGCCUGCUGUAUCACCAGCGGAUUCACACAGGGGAGAGACCAUUCACCUGCUCUGUAUGUGGGAAGGGAUUCAUUAAUUCAUCCAACCUUUUGAUACACCAGCAACUCCACACAGGAGAUAGACCUUUCACCUGCCCUGAUUGUGGGAAGGGAUUCACCCGUUCAUGUAACCUUCUGACACAUCAGCAGGUUCACACAAAGGAGAAACCUUUCACCUGCCCUGUGUGUGGGAAGGGAUUCACGCGAUCCUCCAACCUAAUGAAUCACCAACGAGUUCACUCUGGAGAGAGGCCAUUCACUUGUCCAACGUGUGGGAAGGGAUUCAGUCAGUCAUCCAACCUGCAGACACACCAGAAGAUCCACACUGGGGAGAGGCCAUUUACCUGCUCUGAGUGUGGGAAGGAAUUUUCUCAUUCAUCCUACCUGGUGAAACACCAGCGAGUUCACACUGGCGAGAGGCCGUUCACCUGUAAUGUCUGUGGCAAGGGAUUCAUUCAGUCGUCCCAUCUACUAACACACCAGCGAGUUCAUAAGCAACUGCAGUGUUUGGAUUCUGCACUUGCUGAUGCUGCUAAACAUAUCCAGGACUGAACCAUGUUCACUCCGAUGAUCCUGAUUUGUUGAUGAGUUUGUAUAUUCUGUAUAAAUGUAAAAUUAAUCACCUUUUCUCAA